CGCUUCUAACCGAUCGCAGCGCUUCGCAACAUCAGCGGUUGUUUCAGAAAGCAGCCGGCCAUCCGUGACAGUUGUGUUGUAGCAAAAAGAAGGCGAGUGAUUGUGGAACAUAAAUUUGGCAGACUGGAGAAUUACAAAAAGGUACCAUAAGGCAAGACGAAAAGCAGCAGCAAAGUAGAGAACGAUACCAAAAUCUAGCCUAACUGUACAAGUGCCAAUCAUCAUCAUUCAUUAAAUCAAUCGUGUGUGCCAACAUACCGAAGCUCCUACAAUGGCUCGGAUUCGAAUACGCUAAAGUUGGAUUUCCACCGCCGUUUGCACUCGUUUUCAUAUCACCGGUUUGAAUCCGCGGAAAUAAAACAAAAAACAAGAGAAUGAGUAUCGAGUCAUCCGGUAGUAUCCGGCUUUGUGCAAUUCAUCUCGGGAGAUAAUAGGGCCAUUUAUUUGGACCGGAGGAAGGAUUUUAGGAGCCGAAAAAUUAGGAGAAGUGCUGCGCAACUGUGCGAUGGGAAGUUGUUUGACCUGCUUUAAGGCGCCCCCGAAUCAGACUGUAACCAUUCCUGCCACAGCGGGUAUCAGCGGGCCUGGACCAGAGACAGUUAUAAUCGAUUCUGAUGCGGGAAUUCACGAAACCGAUGACUUGCUAUCGGCUAGUCCAAUUAGAGCGACCCCAGUUGGAACCGAGAGGAAAAGUGGUAGUUUCAAGAAAACCAUUGGGCUUCUCAAUGGAAAUUUGAACGCCCUCCAGGAUGGGAGCAGUGUGGCAGGAAAAGAUCUGGCGACGCAAAUCUCGGAUAACGAUCUGAACAAGCUGUUCGAGGAGUACAAGGAUGGCCAGGAGGACGCGAUCCUGUCGGAAGGCAUCGAAAGGCUGUGCUGUGAUUUAGGUUAUAAGCCGGACGACUUCGCCAUCCUGGUGUUGGCUUGGCGUCUGGACGCAUCCCAGAUGUGCCAGUUUACGAAAUCGGAGUUCAUUCAGGGCCUGCAACAGAUGAACGCUGCCAGCAUCGACGAUGUGAAGGUACGACUGAAGCAGAUAACCGAGAAACUUGAGGACGAUUCGGAGGACUUCAAGCUGCUGUACAGAUUCACAUUCCGAUUCGGGCUCGAGCCAGGCCACCGGAUACUCUCGCUCGACAUGGCCAUCAGUCUGUGGCGGCUAGUGUUUACGGUUCACACGCCGGACAUCCUGCCCCGGUGGUUGCAUUUCCUCGAACAGCAUCAGAACAUCCGGGGCGUCCCGAAGGACACCUGGAAUAUGUUUCUUAACUUUGUGGAGACCUGUGAUAUUACACAGUAUGAUGACACGGAAGCCUGGCCCAGCUUGUUCGACGAUUUCGUCGAAUACGAACAGGAACGCGCGAAGCUGACCAAGAGCGUGACAGAAGACAACCGGGAGGAUGAGAGCAUCGAUGAGGAUGAUAACAACAAUGGCUACAAUUCAUAGUAUUUUGCAAUGACGGCUGCGUUGGUGGGGCUCCGCGUUAAACGAACACGGUCUCUACUUUUCUUUUCUUCCGUUUCUAGACGACGCGCAUAGAGUGUAGAUCUGUUUUGAGUUUCGAAUCGCUACAACUUACGUCUGACUUAACAACGCAUGGAGUUGUUAAUAUUGACUCCCCCAAUUGGUCCUAGACAUCGGGGGGACAAACAAACAUUUAACAACAUUACAAUGGUUAUCAUCUGUUCAAUUUAACGAAUUUUAAAUGCUUAAGGUUACGACUACCCGUAAUAUUGGUUUUUUUUUAAUUACCCCUAUAGAUAUCAAAAUUUAGUAUAAUUAAGUUAUGCUUAAUGACUUAUUAUGUGUGGACCCUGUUAACAAGAAACCGCGUAUAGCUAACCUGCCAGUGACACAAAUGAUGUUCAUAUCAUUGGUGGAUUCAAUCGAACCAUUUUUUGAACCACGUGAAAACAGAAUUUUAUGUACAAGAAGCAUUUCGGCUAUAGAUUAUUGCGGGGACUCCCCUUCCCCGUUUCCACGAGAAACUCAGAAUAUCUUAAUCGAAUUAGCGUAACUUUUUUACAUUUUAGCUCAAAACAAAACGAAAAAAAAAUAAACAAACAAACAAGUAAACGUUCUUUAUUUUUUGGCGUGACAAAAGGAGAUACAAACAAUUGUGUGUUAUAUGUCUUUGUUGGAAAACAGCUGAAAUUAUAUUUAGAAAACAGAAUCGUAUAGGCUAAAUUUGAAUAUCUAGCGAAGCUCUAUUUAAGAUAAUUCUAGUGAAAUGAAAUAAAACAAACAAAAAAUAGUGCA